UAAUUAAACCGGCCCUUUGGCAGAUAUGGCAAGCUCUUUUGUGCGGACAGCCGCUUUGUUGUUUAUUAAAUUUUAAUAAUGAGCUGGUUGAUAACUUUAUUGGCUAAAUUGUUAUUUAUUGUGAAUACCGCAAAAUCAGAGGGAAAUUUAUAUACAGUGGCAAAAUGUCCAGGAUUGGAUGUUGCGCAGAUCCGGCAGUUCACGCAGCAAAAUGAAAUAUCAUUGAUUUUCUACUACACUCGCUGGAGUGCUGAUAGCCUGCAUGCACUGGAGGAAUACAAUGAUGUGGCAAUGUACUAUGGCGAUAAGGUGUUCUUCUCAUCUGUUGACUGUUGGCAUCUGUCAUGUAAUUGCUCCAGAGCACUGGGGCCUGGUGUAGGAUCUAGUCCAAAUAAAUGGCCCACUUUAAUGGCCUAUUAUGGCAGACGUGGUCAGCUUCAAGUACAAUACCAUGGCUUGUGGUCAUUUAGGGGAAUUCAACAAUUCAUUGAUAACCUAUUGCAUCCCCUGAAGAGGUUUUCAACAGUGGAAUCAAUGCAGCAAGCACACCAAUUGUCGGACGCCCUAAUAAUGGGUGUAUUUCAAACGCCUAAUUGCAAGGAAUAUAAACACUAUCUAAUGGCAUCUUUAAAGUGGUUAGAGAGUGAUCCGCUUAGAACCUAUGUAUUUGGAGUAGAUUUUGUAACAAACACAAGUGAAGCUAGUGGGAUUCUAAAGUACGAUCACAUUCCAGAUCUAAUCUAUAUGGGUUCAUCAGGAAUUAAGAAAUUUAGCGAUGUUGGUGGCUAUUUAUGGAAUGCAAGUCAUAUUUUGUUAUGGCUGCACAGGGAGCUGAAAGAAGAUCUUACAAACUUGCAUGGCUAUUCGACUCCCAUAACCAUUGCCCAAAAGUUACAGGAGAAUCCAGUUUUAGCUGUAUUCGUAAAUGAUGCAUACCGUUUCUAUGGCUAUAUGGAAAAACUCAUCAACACGAGAAGCUUAUUAAGCUGCAAUACAAAACCCUUUAUAUGCUCGAGAGUGACGAAAAAUAAAGAACGUAGGGAUGUUAAUGUCCAGCAACUGGACAUUGAACAACUGUUCCAAAUUUCUACGGAUGACAAGAAUUCUUAUUGCAACGUUAAUAAGGUAUUGAAUAAAAAUCUUGGCUAUUAUUAUGCUAUUAACAAGUACUUAACAAAUAUAAUGCCAAAUUUGGCGUAUCCUUUUAAAAAUGGAAACAGUGACAUUGCUAAAUCAGACAUUGAAAAAUUGGCCGAUUUCCAUUACACUACUAAAUGUUUAGACAGUGACCCCAGAAUUUCGAAUUCUCUGCAAAUAAUUACUGCGAAAUAUUUGCAAAAUCUAAUUGAUAAUCAUAAAAUGUUGUAUAAUAGUAAUCACACACUUUCAGUUGUUUUAUUAGAUACUGAUAGUUACAAAGAUUAUUUGCAAAAUCUUGAUAUAGAGACAAAUAAAUUUAGUUUAGCCACAACUUUUAUUGUGGACGUUAAGCAGGAAGGCAUUUUUCCUUUGGCGUAUGAUUUCGACAUUGAAACCCUUAAAGAAUUUAUACAGCAAUAUUACAAACAUAAUUUAUUGCCAUAUUUUAGAAACGAACAUAUCAAUGGCUAUGGUUCGACAGUCAAAACUCAAAUGCCGUCUCAAGACAAUACCCACAACUUCGAAGUCAAAUCAUUAAAUCGUCUAUUGUUGCUUAAUAGUUUACAGUAUGCACAUAAUCAGACUCUUGUACUUCUUGUUCACACCCCCGAAUGUGCACUAUGUGGCAGUUUGCAACAUACAUUUAUACAACUAUCUGGGGCUCUGCGACACAUGUCUCCUGAAUUGCAAUUCGCCCGGAUAAAUGCCCAUUUGAAUGAUUUACCAUGGCAAUUCAAUAUGGCCUCUCUUCCUGCCCUUUUGGUAUUUCCCAAACAUCGUUAUGGCGAUUCACGUCUAUUUCCAUCAAAUUUAAAACCCGACUUUAAAAAUGUUUUCGGUUUUAUUCUGAAGCAGAUUCCCGCUGAAGAUCAAAUCAAGACGACUGUAUCAUUUUGUCAAAGUCGCAUAUUAAAUACUCUAAAUACGCAAUCUUGUUGGCGUUUCGCUAAAAACUUGUUAACACAACAUAUUGACAGACAUUUGCAUUAUUGGGAGCUAUUCGAAAACGAACGAAAUGUAAUAUUCGAGAGUUUGCGUGCCUUCAAAGAUAUAAGUUUAGAUGUACAACGUAAUUUGAAUUUGUAGUAGUGUAACUUUGUAGAAAAAUGGUCUCGUAUUUAUAAUGGAAUAAAUAAUAUAAGCAAUGUUAAAACAA